GCCCGCGGUGGGCCUGGGGCCGGUGGGCUGGAGCCGGAGACGCAGCCGCGGCGGCGGAGCUGCCGGGUCCUUCAUGAUGAAAGUUCUGGGGACACUCCUCUCUCCUCUGUGUAAUUGGUAGCUUGGGUGGUGAAGAGAUGGCUGACAGUGUCAAAACCUUUCUGCAGGACCUUGGCAGGGGAAUCAAAGACUCCAUCUGGGGAAUUUGUACCAUCUCAAAACUAGAUGCUCGAAUUCAGCAAAAGAGAGAGGAGCAGCGUCGAAGAAGGGCAAGUAGUGUCCUGGCGCAGAGGAGAGCCCAGAGUAUUGAGAGGAAGCAGGAAAGUGAGCCCCGUAUUGUUAGUAGGAUUUUCCAGUGUUGCGCUUGGAAUGGUGGCGUAUUCUGGUUCAGUCUGCUCUUGUUUUAUCGAGUGUUUAUUCCUGUGCUUCAGUCAGUAACAGCCCAAAUUAUUGGUGAUCCAUCACUACAUGGAGAUGUUUGGUCUUGGCUGGAAUUCUUCCUUACGUCAAUUUUCAGUGCUCUCUGGGUGCUCCCCCUGUUUGUGCUUAGCAAAGUUGUGAAUGCGAUCUGGUUUCAAGACAUAGCUGAUCUGGCAUUUGAGGUAUCAGGGAGGAAGCCUCACCCAUUCCCUAGUGUCAGCAAGAUAAUUGCUGACAUGCUCUUCAACCUUUUGCUGCAGGCUCUUUUCCUCAUCCAGGGGAUGUUUGUGAGUCUCUUUCCCAUCCAUCUUGUUGGUCAGCUGGUUAGUCUUCUCCAUAUGUCCCUUCUCUACUCGCUAUACUGCUUCGAAUAUCGUUGGUUCAAUAAAGGAAUUGAAAUGCACCAGCGGUUGUCAAAUAUUGAAAGGAAUUGGCCUUACUACUUUGGAUUUGGUUUGCCAUUGGCUUUCCUCACAGCAAUGCAGUCCUCAUACAUUAUCAGUGGCUGCCUCUUCUCUAUCCUGUUCCCUUUAUUCAUUAUCAGCGCCAAUGAAGCAAAGACCCCUGGCAAAGCGUACCUUUUUCAGUUGCGCCUAUUCUCCUUGGUGGUUUUCUUAAGCAACAGACUCUUCCACAAGACGGUCUACCUGCAAUCUGCCCUGAGUAGCUCAACCUCUGCUGAGAAGCUCCCUUCACCACAACCGUCUCCUGCCAAACCGAAGGCUGCUGCAGGCCACUGAGUCUGCCAUCCGGAGGGGAAGGGUGGGAUUGGAAGGAGGCUGUGGCAGCUCUAUUCCUUGUUCACCUCCCCAGCAGGGAAGGCAGGACCCACUCUGCCAAGGGCCUGCUGCAUAUUCCCUUCUCUGAGGAAUUGGAAUUUUUGUCUCUGGUGCAUGUAAGGCAGAAUCUUCCUGACACCAGUAUGUGGAUUUUUAAUACCAGUGAGUCUAAAGGACCACAGGUUUUUCUGCAGCUCUUUUCUAGCACUUGCCAGCCCCCGUGCCUGGACUGAUUUGAUUAUUUUGUUUUUCUCCCUGUGCCAUUUGCCCUCCAGACCACCCCUUCCUGCCUUCCACCACCCUUGGAUGAAUGGAUUUUAUAAUUCUAGCUGUUGUAUUUUGUGGAUUGUUAUUUUUGUUGUUUUUCUGUGAAGCACAUAUAUUGGAUAUGGGAGGUACAGGAGUAGCUCAGUUGCUCCUGGUCACUUCCUUUAUAGCCAUCACUGUCUUGUUUCUUGUAACUCAGGUUAGAUUUUGGUCUCCCUUGGUCCACUGCAAAAAACAAGCCUGAAAAGAUGGGACAGGAGGAAAGACCUCACAGCCAGAUCUGCUGGGUUUUGAGGAGUGAUUAUUUUUCUUCCUCUUGAAGGGGAAUAAAGCUUUUUUCACUGGUAUAUUUUAAAGUUCCCCAACUCUAGGGAGGUACCAAUUUUGGACAAGUGCCACUGCAACACAGAAUGCUCAGAGAACCUGAACUUUUGAACUCUGGAGGUCUGGAUUCACUGUUGGCCACUGCCAGGGCUGUCUGGUAUUUCAAAGGGAUAUGGGUGCUGCAAAUAGGAACUGAAGGGGUAAACUUAUUAAACCCAUUAAACAUGUGAUUGGUGUUUUCCUUUCCAUUAUAAGAGACUGAGUAUGGGGGGAAGGGCAGCUGUCAAAGCACUUGUACAAUUUUCAAAUGUCACAAUUAAACAUGAGCUGGUUUCCCACAGAGUGUGUAAAGAUUGAAUUUACAACCAUCACCUUAAGAGAUGUAUUCAUGCAACAAGCUAUCAGAUAACUUGGUUAUAGUUUUGAGACAUUCAUCUUGGAAAAGGUUCCCUAAGGAAGUUUGGAUUACGUGAUUAUAAUCAUGACAACAUCCUGCGAAAGAAUGUAGGAUUGUUGAGUUACUUGUUUUAAAGUCUAGAUACACAUCUCUCAUGUACAUUCCUGAAGGGAGAAAGAGCACUCUAAAUUUUAGUGUAUUGAAUAUUCUAAUAAGGAGAUUUAGACGUUUGGUUAAUAGCAACCUUUACUGUGUAUGAGACAGAAUAAGGAUUUUAAAAUGACAGCUGGGAGAUGUAAGCCAAAUUUGAAAUGCAAAAGGUUUUAAAAUAGUGGGAUUUUAGCAGUAGGCAUUGUUCCCAGCUUGUGCACAAAAGAGAUUGUGAAAG